AUGAGGCUGUCUCUAGCUAUUCUCUUUCCCUUCGUUACCAUUGUCGCAUCACAGCGAUAUGUUCGCUGCGGAACCCCGAAGCCUGUCCAAUCGCUGCUGGAUCAACUCGAUGUUACGUCCGCAAACACUAGAGUCAAUCCAAAUGUGGCCACCUAUGUUCACGUCGUUACCACUCAGGCGAAGCAGGGCCUGUACAGCCAGGCACAGAUAAAUGAACAAAUCCGGGUUAUGAAUAGCGACUACAGUUCGACUGGCAUCUCGUUUACGCUCAAAGGAACGGACUUCACAGUCAAUGAUGCUUGGGCUACUUCUUCAGAUGGGUCCGCUGCCGAGACGGCCAUGAAGCAAGCCCUUCGUAAGGGCACAUACUCCACACUGAACCUUUACUUCCUGUCAGAUCUUGGAGACGGCCUUCUCGGCUUCUGCUACUUUCCCGUCCCCAACCCAACAGCAAACGACCGUACCUUGGACGGCUGUGUGAACCUUGCCGACUCCUUACCCGGUGGCAGUGCGGCUCCAUACAACCUCGGAAAAACAGCUUCUCACGAGGCCGGGCAUUGGUUUGGGCUUUACCAUGUGUUCCAGACCACAUUGCCUGUCUCCAUCCCUCAAGUACCAUGCGCGGCAGUAGGAGCCGGCGACUAUGUGUCCGAUACGCCGGCGCAAAUCACGCCCACUUCUGGAUGUCCAGCUUCCAAGGACUCUUGUCCGAGACUUCCUGGUCUGGAUUCAAUCCAUAACUACAUGGACUAUUCGGAUGAUAUUUGCUUGAAUCAGUUCACUCCGGGACAGGGUUCCAGAGCUAGAGCAAUCUUCCAGGCACUCAGAGCUGGCAAGUAG